AUGCGGGGAAAGCUGGGGUAUCAGCCACUUUCACUGGCUCGGCUGCUUAUGCUUCUUGAUUAACCAUGCGGGAAGGCGCUGUAGCUUCGUCCGUGUAGUUAACCGAGUGACGAUGGCCAAGCUUGGUGCCAAACGGUGCGGUGCAGCAACGGAGACUUGAUCGCCAAAGGUAUAUAACCUUGCGGCAGACCGAACCUCUCUCCACGUCCUGAGCCUGGUCCCACCUCUGACGUGGAGUCCGCCAACAAGUGCCCGUAUCCGAGUCUUGAACAGCUGCCAGAAUGUCUCUUCGCCUGUUGGCAGCGCUUUCGCUGGCGGCAACGGCUUCUUGCAAGUGGAUUGUCCCGGGAGCCAGAUGGUACGACACAGAUGGCAAUCUCUUCAACGCGCACGCCGGUGGGCUAGCCGUCGACCGCGACUCGGGCAAGUACUUCUGGUUCGGAGAGCACAAGACCGAAGAGCAGCCCGAAGGCGGCGGUAUCUCAGUCUACAGCUCCGAUGAUCUGGCAACGUGGGAGUCGCAUGGUCUAGCGCUUGAGCCGAUCGAGGGCCACGAGAUGAUCUCGCCUCAUAAUGUCAUCCAGCGCCCCAAGGUGCAGUACAGCGACGAAGACAAGAAGUACCACAUGUGGUGGCACGCCGACGACGACAAGUACUCCCUGCUCCUGCAGGGACACGCCACCGCCGACAAUAUCGAGGGACCCUACAUCUACGACAAGGCUGUGAAGCCUCUCGGCAACUGGUCUCAAGACUUCGGCCUCUUCACUGACUUCAAGGAUGGCCGCUCAUACGCCCUGUACUCCAACGGCGAUCGUGUCGAAGGCCGUGACGUGUACCUGACCUCCUUCAACGACGAGCUCACCGACCUCGAGGAGGUUGUCUUCCGUUGGGACAAGUUCGACCUCGAGGCGCCCACCAUCAUCCAGACUGACCGGAGCUACUACGCGCUCAUGAGCCACAAGACCGGCUACCGACCCAACAACGUGGUGGCGUUCCGCGCCGAUAACCUCUCAGGCCCCUGGUCGCAGCCGUUCAUGGUGGCCCCGGCUUAUACACGUACCUUCAGCACGCAGUCCGGCUUCUCGUGGCGCAUCAACGGCACAAAGCAGACCACGUUCCUGUACAUGGCCGACCAGUGGGACCUCAACUCCCUCGGCGAGUCUCGCAACGUGUGGCUGCCGAUGGACAUCAACGACCAGGAAGGCACCCUCGAGGUGCUAUGGCACGACAUUUUCGACCUCAACGUGAAGACCGGCGAGUGGUGGCCCGUUGAGGGCACCGAGUACUAUGCCAUCGACGCCAACCUGACGGGCGAUGCCUGGCUGCAGGAGGCGAACUUUGCGAGCUUCAACAGAAUUGCUACUGGCAUCUAUGGCAACGACAGCAGGGCCAUCUUUGAGGUCCAAGGUGCCGGCGAAGACCAAUGGAUCUCAUUCUACCACCAGAACAUUGACGACAUGGGAUUCGGCGAUCAGCCAAUGGGUCAGCCCGACCGCAUCAAUGGUACGUGGCAGAUACGCCGUGUUAGCAGCGUCGUCGUCAACGAUGACGAGGAGGACGUCCACACCCUCUACCAGAAGGACACCCACAAGGGCAUCAUCUUGUCGACAGCCAUCAAGGUUCCUCUGAAGAAUGGUACCAAUACCAUCUCCGUGGGCGGCUUGGACAACGGGUUCGAUGUGAAGGGCGCCGAUUUGGACAAGAUUAUCGUGUACCCACCGGAGCCCAAGGAGACGGGCUGCGGAGCUGGUCAUCGUCACUAGAGUCUGGCAGUACGUAUAGAUAGCUUGUGAACGUGUCGUUGAGAAACAUAGACGUGGAUUCUGAAUCGUCAGUCAUGAUUGAAAUCGUCGCGCUCGGGUGAUAGCCUAAAAAAACCGAAAGUGAAAACGAC